GUUCGUCGUCCUAGGGCUAAGUAGUAUUAGUCGUGCAGAUCGCUUUUUUUGGUCCCCAACGGCACUUGCAACUAAGAUCCUUCUUACUUAUCUAGGGUCUAAUGUCUACGUACGCAAUGUGGAGCGAUAGAAACCGGGGGUCCUGAGCAUCCCGAAUUUUCUGGCGAUGACGAGUCUGUUCGUGCUAGAAUGUUUGACACUCCAUCUAGUCUUUCCACCAGUACCGCAUGUGCGUACGUCAACAACACCAGGUGGGUAGUCGGUUGUCAUAUAAGGGAUCAAUGCACCCUGGGUCAGUCAUGAUGAAGGACAUACAGUCACUCAUUCUAUAUCAUUAUAUUCCUCUCUCGAAAGAUGAGAGUUCUUUCGUUUACGUUACUAUCGACCCUUCUUGGGGCGGCUUUGGCCACUAACAAUUUGACUGCGGGGAUUCUCAAAGAUGAUGGAGUUUCCCUAGGAGAAUGGAAAGAAGCCUACGAAAAGGCAUCUAAAUUCGUCUCCAAGCUCACUACGACCCAGAAGCUGGAACUUAUCACCGGCAGCAAUGUCAACACUACCGAUGGAACCUUCACGGCUCUCGAGUUCCUCGACGGCUCUAUGGGUCUCCAAGACUACUACUAUGUGUCGGCUUUCAGUCAAUCCUCUGCCCUGUCCAUGACCUGGGACAAAGAUGCCAUGUACGCCCAGGCCAGGGCUGUCGCAACCGAGUUCUAUCUCAAAGGUAUUCAAGUCGUUAACGGCCCAACAUCCCAGCCGCUGGGUCGGACACCCUGGGGAGGUCGCUUGGUGGAGACCUUCGGCCCUGAUCCUUAUCUGAAUGGUAUUGUGACGGGUCUGAGCACCAAGGCGUAUGUCGAUACCGGUGUGAUUCCUGGUGCCAAGCAUUUCCUUCUCAACGAACAAGAAACAAACCGAACCAGUGGAAUGGGCGGCGGCGGAGGGGGUGGUGGUGCCGGUGGUGGCCCUGGUGGCUCAGGAGGCAACUCAUCAAUGCCAGGAAGCCCUCCGAGCAAAAGAAGCUCUAGCUCCGAAACUGAAUCCGCUCCGUACUCCUCCAACGCCGACGACAAGACUCUGCACGAGACAUACUUGUGGUCGUUUUACGACGCAGUGAAGAAUGGCCUUGGAGCUGUCAUGUGCGCCAUGACCAAGGUCAACAACACAUUGAGCUGUGAAAAUUCCGAGCUUCUCUCCGAGCGCCUUAAGACUGAGCUGGGAUUCCCUGGAAUGGUGUUCCCGGAUACCAUGGCACAGAAAGACGCCCUUGGCUCUGCGAUUAGUGGUCUUGAUUACGGAUCCAGCAGCAUCUGGAGCACCUCUACCAUGAAGGCAUUGUUGUCGAAUGGCAGUCUUCCCCAGACCCGUCUGAAUGACAUGGCUAUCCGUAACCUGAUGGCUUACUACUAUGUCAACCUUGACAACGGAACUCAACCCUCAACUGCUGAUACCGGUGCUUACAUUGAUGUCCGCGCAAACCACUCCAAGCUGAUCCGGGCCAACGGUGCCAAGUCCAUGGUCCUGCUGAAGAACAUCGACAACGCAUUGCCUCUGAAGAAGCCACACACCAUGGCCAUCUUCGGCUCCCACGCUCGCGCUGCAGUUGCCGGUCCUAACAUGGAAUUCACUGUCCAGGGAACCGGACCUACGUAUGAUGGCCACCUUGCCACAGACUCGGGAUCCGGACAAGGCUCGCUUCCCUACUUGAUCACACCUCAGGCCGCUCUGACCUACAGGGCUAGCGGGGAUGGAACCAUGAUCCGAUGGGUUCUCAAUGACACAUACAGCUCCGAACAGGGAUCUACCCUCGUCAUGAAGGGGUCUUCGACUACCUCUGUCACCCCUUCAUACUCCGCGUAUGCCACGGGUUCGGACGUCUGCCUCGUUUUCCUGAACGCCCUAGCAGGCGAGGGAGCGGAUCGAACCGAACUCUACAACGCAGACCAAGAUACAUUGGUCAACACAAUCGCCGACAACUGCAACAACACAGUCGUGGUUAUCAACACCGUCGGUGCUCGUCUCGUCGACCAAUGGAUCAACCACCAGAAUGUCACCGGCGUCCUGUACGGAUCUCUUCUGGGCCAGGAAUCCGGAAACUCAAUCGUCGAUGUCCUCUACGGUGAUGUCAACCCCAGCGGUCGUCUGUCCUACACCAUUGCAAAGAAUGAAAGCGACUACAACGUCGGUCUUUGCUACACUGCGCAGUGCAACUUCACCGAAGGAAACUACAUCGACUACCGCUACUUCGACGCCUACAACGUCACCCCCCGCUACGAGUUCGGUUACGGUCUCUCCUACACUACCUUCAACUACACCGACCUGAGCAUUCACUCUCCCUCGAAACUCUCCGUCCACCCCACCGGCUCCCUCUCUGUCGGCGGCUACACCGACCUGUGGGAUAUCGUUGGCAAGGUCUCCGUCAAGAUUCAAAACACCGGCGCUGUCCGUGGCUCCGAGGUGGCCCAGCUUUACAUCGGCUACCCCGAAGUCGCAGACCAGCCUGUCCGACAGCUCCGUGGGUUUGAGAACGUCGAUAUUGACGCGGACGGGCACACUACCGUUACCUUUGAGCUGCGUCGUCGUGAUAUCUCUUACUGGGAUGUUGUUGCCCAGCAGUGGGCGGUGGCCCCUGGCAAGUAUCCCGUUAGUGUUGGAGCAAGCUCCCGAGACAUUCGUCUCACGGGUAACUUGGAAGUCCAGACUGCUUAAGCGAUUUUUGAGUUUGAACUGUGUUGAAUUGGACACAAGUCAUUCGUUAUUACUCUUCCUCUAUGUUAUUUUAGACACUUACUAGAUCUUAAUGCCGGAUCGUUAUAUAGACUUCCAAUACCAAG